AUGGAAGUACCACCACCGGCGUGUUUAAAACGUUCUUUAUACGUUCCCAAUAAAACGUUAAUGGGUCCAGGACCCUCAAAUUGUUCACAGCGUGUUUUAACAAGCCUUAUGAAUCCAGUAUUGGGACAUUUACAUCCAGAAUGUUUAGAGAUAAUGGAUGAAAUAAAGGAGGGCAUCAAGUACGUUUUUCAGACAAAGAAUGAUGCUACAAUGUGCAUAAGUGGUUCAGGUCAUGCCGGCAUGGAAGCAGCUUUAUGUAAUCUAAUAGAAGAUGGCGAUGUUGUUUUGCUUGGAACCACUGGAUUGUGGGGUCACCGAGCUGCAGAAAUGGCCAAACGUUAUGGCGGCGAUGUCCGUUUCGUAGAAUCACGUUUUGGUCGUUCAUUGAAGUUGGAUGAAAUUGAAUUUGCAUUUGAAGGCCAUAAACCGAAUAUUUUCUUUUUGGCCCAGGGUGAUUCCUCUACGGGCAUUUUACAACGCCAACUGAAAGAAAUAGGAGAGAUUUGCCGCAAAUAUAAUUGUCUUUUUGUUGUCGAUACUGUGGCGUCCUUGGGUGGUACCGAAUUCUACAUGGACAAUUGGUCGGUCGAUGUGGCCUAUACUGGGUCACAAAAAGUUUUGGGAGCUCCACCCGGUAUUACACCAAUAUCGUUUAGCAAACGUGCUAUGCAACACAUUGUCGAACGUAAGACAAAAGUCAAGGUAUACUAUUUCGAUGCCACUCUCAUUGGCCAGUACUGGAAUUGUUUUGGAGGCUCCAGAAUUUAUCAUCAUACCAUUUCUUCUACAUUGUUGUAUGGCCUGCGAGAAAGUUUAGCCCAACUUUGUGCCCAAGGACUAACGUCGGUCAUAAUGCGACAUGAGCAAUGUUCGUAUCGUCUGCAACAUGGAAUAAGUGAACUCGGUCUGGAAAUGUUUGUGCCGAAUGCCAAUGAUAGAUUGCCUACUGUGAACACCAUUAAAGUUCCUGCUGGAGUUGAUUGGCGUAAAGUAGCUGAAUAUACAAUGCGAAAAUACAAUUUGGAGAUAAGCGGUGGAUUAGGACCGACUGUAGAGCAGGUGUUCCGCAUCGGCUUAAUGGGUGAAAAUGCCACGUUUGAAAGAGUUGAUUUAGUAUUGAAUGUGUUGCACGAAGCUAUACAAAGUUGUAAGCGAGAUGUCAAUGAAAAAUCAAAAAUAUAA